UUUCUUCAGUUUUGCAGCUGAUGCCUUAUGGUAAUCAAUUUUAUUUAAAGAAAACAGGAAGAAAAUAAGUGAACCUUAAAGUUUCCCUCCCCAAUAGCUGGUGGAAACUACCUCGCUGGAAUCAAUCUACCUCUCCAUUACCCCAUCUCAAAAUGUGAUGGCAGAAUAUGAAGAUGUCUGCGAGCUUGAGGACAGCGUCUCAACAAUCAGUGUAGAUAGUGUUACCAUUAGCAACCUCGCUGUAUCUAACAACUUGCCACGUGGUAACUCAGCACAACAAGGCAACAGUGCUGCCUCGGAACAUGGCAGUCGGCAGAAGAAACGUGUAGAUACCAUUCCUCACGAUCAGAUGGUUCAGAAGUUGAAGGAAGUAGAGCAGAGAGAGAAUGAGAUAGAACAUGUCCUGAUACAAAACAACAAUCUUAUGAAGCUGCUCCUCGAGAACUCCCGCGAGAGCAAGUCUAAGGUGAACACAAUUAAGGCAAAUAACAUGGAGUACCGAAGGGAGAUGUCUGAACUGAAGGGUGAACUGAAACAGAAGAAUAACGAGAUAAGAUCCUUCAGCGACGGGGACAAGAAUGCUAACGCACAGCGGCUGAAAAUAGACCAGGCAGCUGCAGCAGUCAAGGAUCUCCGAGACCAACUUUAUGAGAAAGACCGUGUUCUCGAACGGAUGAAGACCAAAGUGGAACAAGAUUACUCUGCCCUAGUCUCAGAGAAUAGCUAUCUGAAGGUUCAGGUAGCAGAAGCUGAUGCUUUUAAAUCUGAACACGAACGACAAUGUGAUACUCUCUCAACUUCACUGGAAGAAAAUCAGCAGAUCAUUGAAAGUCUGAACGACCAGCUACUCGGUGAGAAGAAGUUAACUGAUGACUACAAGAACCAACUAGCUGUUCUCUCCUGUCAGGUGACGGAACUAAAGCGGUACUAUUCAAUGGAACGACAUGUCAGAAAACAGCUACAGGCCAAACUUCAAGUAUCGGAUCCAGGACAUUUCUCGCGGUCUGGCAUGGAGAGUCGCGGUUUUGAACCGAGCAUAGGAGCAACUUUAGCAGCUAGCCAUGGAGAGCAGACGGCACCUCCCUCAAAUUCACCGUUCAUGGAGUAUUCCGAGCACAGGCAUUACUAAAGGACUAUGAGAGACUCUGCCUUACCCCUUGGUCUGGUUAAAUGAAGCCACAAUCACGGGCUUCCUGAUUGAUUUGUAAUUCAAGUAUCUUUAGCUUGAUAGACUGACCUUUAAAUGUACUGAUUAUUUAUUUCUUUGGGUUUUAUACAUCAUUGGCCUGGUUGAUAAAAUUUUCUAAAGGUACUUUUACUUGGAUUGCAGAAACUUUUUACCUUGGCUCAUUGCUGGAGCGUUUACAUUGUUUACAAUAUACAUUUUUGUUAAAAUUCUUGAUAAUUUCCGAUUAAUAUAAUAUACUAACAUCAUUUUGCUGGAAGUUUUACGCAUAGUUUUAUAAAGUUUUUAUGAUGAGAGCUUUUCGGUUCGCUUUUGAUCCUGUAUUGUUGUGUACGGAAUGUAAAUAUGUUUGAUUA